GCUCGGCGGACUUGAGUUUACGAGUGGCGGUGAAGAACUGUGCUAUUGACGGUGCGUGAGUAUUAUCUGUAUUAUUGCUACCUUACCUGUGUCUUCUGUUCAUCAUCGCAGAGCUUGAGGCGAAGGAGAUCCGCCGCCCCGAGGUCUCAACGAGAGGGCGCCCCGGUCCAGUUUUCGAUCGACCAACGGGUCUCGAGGAAAGGGCAGCGCUCGACCCGGUGUGCCGGCGUGACGUUCUCGCCCCUCUGUGGACCAACGAGCUCGCCGAGAGGGUUUCGGCCCCCGGCGCCACCUAGGAAAGACCACUGUCCAGUUGACGCAUCGCGUAGCCAGCCAUCGUAAGUCCGCCACCCUGUUACAUUAAGCAUAACCUGUUAAAACCUGCCAACUCAACAGGGAAGAGGAGUGUGCCGUGAGAGCUGUGCAGAGAGCCAUACCUACCUCGAAGUGGUAGCUAGCAGUCAUCUGUGGAGAGAGAGAGAGAACCAGCGUGAGCACUGAGAUACCGAGCUGUGAAGAGAACAUUACCUACCGAACGCUGUAGUCAGCGCAGAGGUGAGAGAACCAUUGGAGACCGAUUCAUUGUGCCUUUGUGUCCCAGCAGUCAUCUGUGGAGAGAGAGAGAGAACCAGCGUGAGCACUGAGAUACCGAGCUGUGAAGAGAGCAUUACCUACCGAACGCUGUAGUCAGCGCAGAGGUGAGAGAACCAUUGGAGGCCGAUUCAUUGUGCCCUUGUGUCCCAGCAGUCAUCUGUGGAGAGAGAGAGAGAACCAGCGUGAACACUGAGAUACCGAACUGUGAAGAGAGCCUUACCUACCGAACGCUGUAGUCAGCGCAGAGGUGAGAGAACCAUUGGAGACCGAUUCAUUGUGCCUUUGUGUCCCAGCAGUCAUCUGUGGAGAAAGAGAGAACAGGGAAGGAAAGAAGGAAGAGGAGCGCGCCACGGGCAGAGGGAAUCAGAGGCGGGAGCCCGUUCCCCGACGUUAUCCCCACCCCCAGUCACUCACUUGCUCGUGGCCCCCUGGAGGGCAGAGCCGGACAUUAGUUUUAAUUUCCCCUUUCCCCGAUUCCCAGUACAUUUUAAAUAUUUAAAUAAAUAAAGACUAUUUUUUUUAUUACUUACCUGUUCCUCGUUGUUGUUUGGUCAUUGGGUUGGUUUUGGGGACCUCCUCGAGGUGGAAAUUGAGAAGGGGCGUGGCUUAACCACUAGCAGCCAGCCCCUGGCUUGUGACAGAUUUUGGCGUAGUCGGCAGGGUUCCACCUCGAGUUGAGUAACCAGACUAGCCCAAUGACCGACAACGCGGGGCCCGCAGCCCAACCCCGUGCCGUGCCUGUUUUUAUGGGCAGCCCUUGGGUCCAAAAGUAUGGAGGGACAGAGUCGGGAGUACGGCUAACGGAAUGGAAGGCCCAGCUAGAGUAUCUAGCCGACCUGCAGGGCCUUAGUGUGGCCCAGCGGCUACAGUUCGUGUUGAACUCCCUAGAGGGAGAGGCGCGGCGAGAAGUACAGGCCGCCCCUGAAGCUGUCCGAACCAAUGCCCAAACUAUAUUCCAGUUUCUCACCGAGCAAUAUGGUGACCACACCCCCGUAGCCGUCCUCCGUUCCCAAUUUUUUAACAUUAAACAAGGCCCCCGACAACCUAUUAGAGCGUUUGCCCUGAGACUGCGUGAACAGUUCACCCGGCUACAGACCCGCCGCGACCAUGGGCUGGGCGACGGAGAAACUUUGCUGCGCGACCAAUUCCUUCUGGGGAUGAAAGAGGGCCCCGUGAGACAGAGUCUGAGGGUCCAGUUUCGGAGAGACCCCGGCCUCACAUUUGAAGACCUAAGGAAGGAGGCGCUAGCUCUGGAGGGCGAUGAGGUGGAAGUAAGUGAGACCCCAGUAUGCGCGGCUGUAAGUGAGAACGUGCCGACACAACCAGAACGCACGGAUUGGAAGCAGGCUCUGAAAGCCGAACUUUUGAAGGAUGUCCGGGAGCAGAUGUCAGAAUUAUCUAAAACUCUGUUGGGAGAGCUGCGCCAAGGUAGGGCGCGGGAGGAACCAAGGCCGGCACCCCGAGAGCGAGUACACUCGGAGAGGAGCCGAGAGCCACCUGGACGCCCAAACCGAUAUAUUCGGCCCCGUUUCGAAUGGGAUGAUCGGGGACGGCCGAUCUGCAACCGGUGUGGUGAGCCAGGACAUUACAGCCGCCAGUGUGGGCCCCGCAGGGCAUCGGAAGGGGGUUUUUAGGACGACCGGCCACAGUGGGUCGUGUGGCCGGGACCCCUCGAGAAGACCCGGGAAGAAGGGACAGCU